AUUAACCUAUUGCACUUGUUACGUAGCUGAAUAUUUCAACAACAUUGCGCCCUCUCGUUUGGCACGAAUUGAUUAGCAAUGGAACUGUUUCCCUCCAAACUUCUCUGAACAUGCAAACGGUGCAAAAUGUACGACGUCAAAGGAUAAUAAUGCACCAUUAUACCUUUGAAUAUUCAUUGAUCAACGAUUAAUGUUCCCACAUUUGAUCUACUAAUUGUCUUUGCUGUAGUAUUACAAAAUAAUUCAGGACUAGUCCCUCCGGAAACCAGUUUUUUAGUUGUAUAUUUUUUUCCCCGUAAAAUCUCAAGUUGGGAUUAUCGUAGAAAAAAAGUUACAGUACACCUCUGAAGUGGUCAAUAUCAGGAGUUGUCAACUCUUUUUCAGACAUUGACGAGUGCGUUCAAGGCACCCACAACUGCAGCAAAGAUGGCGCUUUGUGUAAUAAUACUGAGGGAUCGUUUAAUUGCACUUGUAAACCUGGAUUUACCGGAGAUGGAUACAGCUGCACAGAUAUUGACGCGUGUUCUCAGGGCUCCAUCAAAAACUGCAGUGAACAUGCUCAUUGUAACAAUACCGCUGGAUCAUACAAAUGUACAUGCAGGGAUGGAUAUUUUGGAGAUGGUCACAACUGCACGCUCGCUUUUAUCAUCAAUUCAGCGAUAUUAUCAAACAAUCAACAGUACCUACACCACUUGCACCUUUUCCUUGCACCGGAAGUCGGAAACAUUUCCCAGUGGUUAUUGUGUUACCGUCAGUCUUCACAUGGUGACUUGGACUCUACAUUUCACAAAAAUUGCGAUGGAAAAGAAAACACUGUUACCAUUGUAAAAGAAAAGGAGUUUGUAUUUGGAGGUUACACUGAUCUCCCGUGGGGUAAUUGUAGCUACUAUAUAUUUACAUAGGUUUAUGUUGUAGGCACAUCGUAUCUGCCUCU